AUGGCUGAAGCGCAGGGACAUGGCGGUCAGCCGUCCGCUGAUUCUAACCUCGAGAACCUAGGAUACGUCCCUGAGCUGUCGCGCAACCGUUCAACAUGGCAGGUGAUGUUUAUGAGCUUCAUCAUGGCCUCCGUGCCCUAUACCAUUUCCACCACAAUGACCUACACCAUGACCGGAGGCGGUCCAUCGAACAUGAUCUGGGGGUGGGUGACAAUCUGUUUGUUCAUGUUGUGUCUCGGUGCUUCGCUCGCUGAAAUCACCUCCGUCUUCCCCACCGCCGGUGGUGUUUACUACCAGACCUUCGCCCUCUCGCCCCCCUGGUGCCGCCGCGUGAUGGCCUGGAUUUGUGGUUGGUGCUAUUUCGCCGGUCAGGUUACUAUUACGCUCUCCGUUAACUUCGGAACCACCCUCUUCUUCAUCGAGGCGCUGAACCUUUUCAAGUACGCCGAUGGCACGGGAUUCACCGAAAACUUCGAGGCCUGGCAGACCUACCUGAUCUUCCUGGGUAUCACACUGUUCACGCACAUCCUUCCCUCCAUUGGAAACAAGUGGUUGACCUACGUCGAGUUGUUCGCCGUUUUCUGGGUUAUCGGAGGCAUCAUCGCCACUAUCGUUACCAUUCUGGUUGUCGCCGAUCAUGGAAGACGCCCUGGCCGUUGGGUUUUUGGUGGCUUCGAACCGCACUCUGGUUGGCCCGAUGGUUGGUCUUUCUGUAUCGGUUUGCUUCAGUGCGCUUACAGUUUGUCGGCUACGGGAAUGGUCACAUCUAUGUGUGAAGAGGUUCGUCGUCCCGCUGUCCAAGUCCCGAAUGCCAUCGUUGGCGCCGUUAUCAUGAACAUGGUCGCCGGUCUUACCUACAUGAUCCCCAUCGCGUUCGUUCUCCCGGAUACUAGCAUGUUGUCGGAAUUGAGCAACCCCAUACCCACCAUCUUCCUCUACGCAACUGGAAACCAGGUCGGUGCCUUCUGUCUGUGUAUACCCAUUAUUAUCCUGGGUAUCUGCAGCGGCAUCACCUGUGUAACCUCCACCUCCCGAUGCACUUGGGCAUUUGCUCGUGACCGCGCUGUUCCGGGCUCGAGAUGGCUCAAGAUUGUGAACAAGCGGCUGGAAAUCCCCUUCAACGCCUUGCUUCUGGGAAUGGUUAUCGAGCUGCUUCUUGGGCUGAUCUACUUCGGUUCGUCCGCAGCCUUCAGUGCGUUCUCUGGUGUGGGUGUCAUCUUCUUGACUCUCAGUUAUACGCUUCCCGUGGCUUGCUCCUUCUUCCUCCGCGGUCGCAAGGAUCUCAAGUACGCCAGCUACCACCUUGGAAAGCUCGGUGUGCUUUGCAACGUGGUCUCCAUCUCGUGGUGUCUUCUCGCCAUUCCACUGUUCUGCAUGCCCACUGCGAUCCCCGUCUCCCGUGAUAGCAUGAACUAUGCCGUAGUUGUCUUCGUGGGUAUCAUCAUCAUCUCCGCCGUCUGGUACAUCAUCUCGGGACACAAGAACUACCAUGGCCCGCCCUCCGAAGGACUUCACAUCGACUCCGGAGAGUCCCAAGAGAAGUUCGAGCCCAACAAGAUCCCCCCGCCGCAGUAA